AUGCAAAUAGUGAACACGAUUACCCUGACAAUUGUGGCCAUAUUAACGGACCAAAUUGCAACCGCAUUGGCCACCCGUUCCGACUCUAACGCAUUGUUUAGCACUAAAACGGCUUUCCUUUGCGUGAUUAUUUUCAUCACAAUAUUCACGAUUUACACGUUAUUCACGUCAUUCAUAAUCCCAUACGUCAUACCACUGGCCGUCGGAAACAUAGGGCUAACGGCGCUCUGUAUUAAACACUACUUCUCCAUAAGC